UUUUUGAAAGAGGUAUAUUCAAAAUCUCUCUUUUACCCUCAUGCCCCUCCCCGUCUCAGUUGAACAACCUACCACAACCCGAUCCGUCCUACCACAACCUACUCCACUCUCUUUCCGUCAGUCGCUUCUCCGAUUCUAGUGGCGGUUCGUGAAAAAGCAGUAAUCACACACUCAGCUUAAAGCAUGGAUCCAGAAGCAGCACGAAUUGCGCGAGAAUCUCUAGACCUGGCUUUCCACAUGUCCAAUAUACUCGACACAGGUCUAGACCGUCACACACUUUCUGUCCUAAUUGCCCUCUGUGAUCUUGGAGUCAAUCCUGAAGCACUUGCUGUUGUUGUGAAGGAGUUAAGAAAAGAGAAACCUUCAUUGUCACCCUCCCAUCCUGCAGCCCCAUCUUCUUUGUCAUGAAUGGAUUUUUGAUUGGAUGAUGUAUGCUUCCUCUCAAGUUCUUUAUUACAUCCUGUUGGUCAGUGCUUGAUUGUGUUAAUAGAUGGAUGCAUAUUUCAGUAAUGAACAGUGUCAAACUCAUACUAAAGGAUUCUGCUGCUAGAAUGGAGUUUACAUAGUUCAAAACGGCUAUGCAAUUAGGCAGCCUAGCAAAUUGUCUGGUGUAAAUGUGGAAAUUUCUAUUCUCUAUAUUAUUGUUGUUUCUACUCUUGCAAA